AUGGAGACGGCAGGCGGGCUGCUAGCGAGGAGGCCAGAGGUGGUGCGGCUCCGCAAGCGGCAGUCGGUGCUAUACAGCACCCCUGGCGGGGUCGCCGGGCAGGGAGGAGCCGGCGCUGCCGGCGGGCCGGCACGGCUCCUGGCGUUCACCGUGGCGCUGCGAACGCUCAACUGCUUCUUCGUCCAGACCAGCUUCGUCCCGGACGAGUAUUGGCAGUCGCUGGAGGUCGCUCACCGCAUGGUCUUUAAUUAUGGGUACCUAACUUGGGAAUGGACACAUGGCUUAAGAGGCUAUUCAUACCCACUGAUCUUUGCAAGCAUCUACAAAGCUUUACAGCUGCUGGGCAUGGAUGAUGUUAAGCUGCUGAUAUGGGUCCCUAGACUUGUACAGGCGGUGCUGGCAGCUUUUGCUGAUACGAAGCUUUACUCACUAGUGCAACACCUUGAAAACGCAGAAACAGCAAAGUGUGUGUACUUCUGCCAGCUGUGUUCCUGGUUUACAUGGUAUUCCUGUACCAGAACUCUAACAAACACCAUGGAAACUCUUCUUACCAUUUUUGCUCUUUCCUACUAUCCGAUAAAAGGUUCCAAGAUGGGAAGCAGUUGCAAAUAUUUAGCUUUGGUAGCAUUUGCAAUUAUUAUUCGUCCCACUGCUGUUAUCCCAUGGAUACCUUUGGUCUUCAGGCAUUUUUUGCAAGAACAGAGGAAAGCAGACCUUAUCCUACACAAUUACAUUCCAGUUGGAUUGGUUACAGUAGGAACCUCUUUAAUAAUCGACCGCAUGUUUUUUGGUGAGUGGGUACUGGUUCAGCUGAACUUCUUGAAAUUCAACGUGCUGCAGAAUUUGGGAACGUUUUACGGAUCUCAUCCUUGGCAUUGGUACUUCACUCAGGGAUUACCAGUCAUCUUGGGUACCCAUCUGCCUUUCUUUGUUCAUGGCUGUGUGCUGGCACCAAAAAGGUAUCGCAUCUUUCUAAUGGCAGUGAUUUGGACUGUGUUGGUAUACAGCAUGCUGAGCCAUAAAGAAUUCAGGUUCAUCUAUCCAGUAAUGCCAUUUUGCAUGGUUUUCUGUGGAUAUUCUUUGAAACACCUGAAAGCAUGGAAGAAAUCUGCAGCAAUUUGCCUGUUUUUAUCAAACUUACUCCCAGCUCUGUAUACAGGCUUGAUUCACCAGCGAGGCUCUCUUGAUGUUAUGAGUCACAUACAGCAGCUCUGUAAUGACUCUUACCAGUCACAAGCUUCUGUCUUCUUCAUGAUGCCAUGCCACUCUACUCCGUUUUACAGUCAUGUUCACUGCCCUCUAAAAAUGAGAUUCCUUCAAUGUCCCCCAGACCUAACUGGAAAUGAGAGCUAUAUUGAUGAAGCAGAUGUAUUUUACUCUAAUCCACUUGGUUGGCUUAACAAAGAGUUUUACCAUGAUACGUUGUUACCCAGUCACUUGAUCUUCUUCAGUGUACUAGAACAGGAAAUAUCAUCAUUUCUAGCUUUAAGGGGCUAUGAGAAAACAGACACUGUCUUUCACACUCAAGUACCUCAGGGACGAGUUGGAAGCCACAUCUACGUCUACAGGAAAAAAGCCUAAAACGAAUCAUACUU